UCCCCUCUUCACCCGACCCACGCAAGACGCAUCUGAGCUCUCCCUCUCCUCUGCACAACCCUAGACAUGCUCAGCACAGACACAACAUCAGGAACUUAACACAGGCUACCCUGGGACCCCAGAAAGAGCACAUCUCAGUGAUGGCCUCUCCCGUGCAGCUGUUCAUGAGCUCGUCUCAUCUGGUAUAGAAGCGGAAUUCAUCUGACACUCACUCUCACACACACACCACCAAAAGCAACAACACACCGCUUAGCCAUGUACAGCGUGGAAGACCUUCUCAUCUCUCAUGGAUACAAAGUCCCACAAAGGAACAGCAACAAUGUCCCCGUUUCACACUCGUCUUCCCCCCACCCCGCAACCUAUGAGAAAUGUCUGCCAACACGAAGCGACAGCCGGUGUGAAAUCGGUGAGAAGCGGAAAGGACACAGCGCAGUAAAUGGCUAUGAGGGGGACCAUGUUUACAGCGGUGGAGGAUUCAGACAGACUCCUGGCAGGGGAUUCCCCGGUGACACCGAAAACAGGGUCAGAAAGCAGAAAACGCAAGACGUGGACAACGGUAAUCUCAGAGAUGGACGUCUGCCAGAAGACAGUAUGACCACGGACAGCGGGUUUUAUGACAGCCACCGAGGAAUACAUACCCAGCCUAGAUCUGAGCAGGAUGUGUCCUACUGGCGAAGAAGAGGUCAGGACUUCAGUGUGCUUCUAGAUUAUGCCGACUUCAAAGACCCACGUGGUAGUGCUGGAGGGGUUCCCAACAAGCCAGAGGGCAUGCAACGGAGGCCAGAAUCCGCCUUAAGCACUGAGGAGCAUAACCGUGCCAGACAGCGCCGGGCAGAGAGCACACGUGCGAGGGAGAGAGAGAUGGCCCUGCACCAGUGGAGAAUUGCAGCUGAAAGGAAGUACCAGAGUUUGGGAACGGAAGAGUGGCGUCCAAUGACCAGCAUGAGUCGUCAGCCGUCCGAAAAUGAGGUUGCACAGGAGCAACGCAGGCCACGAACUGCAGAAGGAGCUGUUCCACCCAGAACCAAAAGCAAAUCUCAGUCACUGCCCAGAAUGGCACUUCAAUCAGAAAGUCUUCAGUACUUCAACAUACCGACCACUGGGCAGGACUCAUAUGGAAGCUUUAGGGUGAAUGGACACCACACACGAGACCUUCAUGGAAGACAACUUAGUGAUGCAGAGAGAAGGGAGAGGUGGACUGACCGAUCAGGCGCUCAGUCAGCGCCACCGUUGAAACCCAGAUUCAGUCGACCUCUCAGGCCUCCAUCUUAUGAGGUGCACCAGCAGAUGCGUGGAAGCACAGAGAUACUCACGGGGGAGCUCGCCCCUCGGGCCAGAGACAGGACUCCGCUGCCCUUCUCAAGGCAAGAAUACUUUGUACAAGAACUUGGAGGUUCUGGUGCAGAGCCACCCGGUUACAUCCCUCCCCCAUCCUACAGGAGGCAACCUGUGGUUAGCGGCGGGCACAGAACUUAUCCCAUCUCAAUGGGCAACCACCAGUACAGAAGUGACCCAUAUAUGCAGGGCUCUGCCAUGACAGAAGUGCAGGAAUGGUUUAUUAGGCAGACCGGGAUGGCAUGGCCAGAUCAUUACAGAGAUGGAAGGAGAAGUGUGCCAUGCAGGAGACAAGCAUAUCCAGGUUACGCUGAAGAAAGAAUGGCUAAUGUUCAAUACAUCCCCUUUGAUGACCCCCGCGUCAGGCACAUUUCAGGAUCGGGAAUAGAUGGCAAUUCUCUUACAGAUGCAGACAAAAUCAGAAACAUCAGAAACGAGAUUCCGGUUAACCACAUAACUGAGAAGAAUAAUGACAGUGCCUUUCUACUAAAGAGAAACCAUGUGAUCGCACUGAACCAUGUAAAAGCAAUAUGUGUGACUCUAUUAAUGAAAACAGUAUACAAGGAGGUCUUAAAAGAGACAGAAAGCUCAAAAACAGCAGCCGACCAAAACUGCAACAGGGACCCAGCUGACCACAACAAUGCUCUUCCGACAACACAACAGAGCUUCAACUCAAACCACGGUUUUAUUGAGACGGUAACACAGGUAAAGAAAUUUGAGGCAAAAACUUUAGCUGAAAAUAAGAAGAACUCCAAAAAAAGGCUUAAGGAGACUAUGUUUUGCCUGGUUUCUGUCCCUAUUAAUAUGCAGGCAAACAAAGCCGUCUCUGACCCAAAUAACAAUGAAAAAGUGGCUGGCUCAAUUGAGAACACAGCAAUACAACCUGACAACCAAAACUCUUCUGUAACUCCAGCAAGCGAAGACAUACAAAUGCAGUCUAGCAGCUCUGUAUUCAUGAGAAGCUCUAAAAACUCUCCUUUGAGGAAAGAGGUUGUGGACGUUAGGACGUUUAAUGCAAGCCAAGACAAUGAAAUGUUCUACGCAGGAUCCUGGCCUGGAGAUCAUUACAGGAACCAGGAAACUCAGACAGGCUCUCCAGAAAUUUCAAGAAAUGCCCACUCCCAAAGAGAAGCCCAGACAUCGAAUGACUAUUCCUCCCCUCACAUAACCACAAAUAAUGAGGAUGAAGCUCACUGUAGUGCCAACUACGGAUAUCCCAUGAUGGGUCAAAAAGACCUCAACCCUUCCAGCAACAGUGCAUUCUCCAGAACUCGGACUGAAAGCAGUUCGAGUAUAAAGAGUCCCACUUCACCCCAAUCGUCACCCACAACACAAUCUCCAGACUGUCAUCCUUUGCUGAGAAAGACUGCAACCCAGCAGCAAACUGCAGAAAGCCAAGAAGUUUUUGGCCAGUUCCUGUUGAAGCCAGUGAAUAGAAGAAAAUGGGAUGCCAUAGGGGAGCUUGAGUCUUUCAAUAAGGAGAUACAAGAUCAGACAGGCAAGUGUCCAAAUGUUAAGCAGAAUAUAAAAGAGCUGGACGACCCGCUAAACAGCAUCCUAGAUCUAAGCAACGCUAGCAUAGAGGUCAACAAUAGAAGACAGGACCCACUUAAUAUAACUGAGGAAACUGACCUUGAGUCACAUGUGGUGCAGGUCACAGAGAUGCAUUUGAAAAGAAAGAACUUAAAUGUAAAGCCUGAUUCGGGGAGUAGGAGCAGAAUAGAAGGACAUCCGGAAUACUUUUCCAGGGCAGAGGUAAACUUUGACGGCCAAACCCAAGAAAUACCCGAUGCCAAAGGCAAUAAUUAUGUAAACUUUGAUGAUAUGAGAAAGGGGAACGCCGAUCCAGGGAUGCAUAGGCAGGAUAUACCCGUGCCAAAAGAGUGCUUGUUUAAAGAUGUUGGGUUAACAGUGUACACUGCCAUUCCAGACACCGUGACCUCUGGCUCACCUACAAACUUGAGUCCGGAGUCGCCGAUGUUAACCAGCCCUUCAGAUAAUUCAGAGAUGUGUGACACCUUACACAUUACAUCAUCCGACAGCAGCGGAGAUAUGAGCAGACACAGCCCUGAGAUAGCUGAAGGUACUCAACGCUUGAACGAUAAUAACAUCUUUAAUUCCAAAGCACUCAAUGAGAAGGAAGCUGGUAGAAGAAGAUCAGGGGGGUCAUCACGUGUCCGUGCGAUAAAGAGUCUCCAUUGUAGGUUUAAAGCCAAUUUUGAAGAUGACGAUGAACAUUUUUAUUCCGAUUAUCUCAGCUGGAGUAAUGAAAAGACGCUGGCUGAUGAACACCUUGAGACUCUUCUGAGUCAAGAGAAGGCCAGCAAUAUGCAGGCGGAAGACAUUAGUAACUUAUACCAAGUGCAGUGUGCGAAGGGCAUUCCUGAAAACGAGUCCAUUGAGGUACGUGCUGCUCGGAUACUUGGCAUCACAGUACCGGUUGAAUCUUUGGUUGUUGAUCAGGGUGAUGGCCAACAGGCAGGAACAACUUCAGACGUCACUGAUGGUUUAGUCUGUGAAACACAAACCAAAGAGAUGAGCUCAAAUGAGGAGAUACAGAAUGUGAGUAGAGAGUCUGAGGAUGUGCCAGAUGGGUCUAUGGAACUUCAUGGAGUUGUGAUAGAACAGACAGAGGGACAACCUGGAGAAGAUCCAGAAUCUGGAGAUGAUUUAUUUAAUGCAGAAAAACAUGGGCGUAGAGCUCCUUCUAUGUUGGAGCUGCCAGAGUUUCCUCCGAGUAACUUAUGUUUGUCUCUUCCACUGUCAGAAGAUGAGGAGUUGACUCUUAGUGUGAGUGGAGGAGACAAGAAGAUUGAUGAGGUAACAGAAGCACCCUGGGACCAUUUGCAAACCUGUUCCCCUUUGUCCACAAAUGAUCAUGCAUCCCUGGGGUACAGCAUCUAUGCAAAAGAAGAAAGCACUCAGUCAUUAGUGAGGACUAUCAACAGGAUCACCCUGGCAAACGAGACAGAAGAACAACAAAGUUUAGAAGAUGAAGCGGGAGAACUUUCAGAAUCAGUUAAAGAGGAACAAGGGCUGAAGGAGGGGGACCAAUGUGUUGAGUGUGCAUCAGGAGAAGUCGAGGACUUAUUAAGAUUUAUGCAAGAGGGGGAUGAGGCUCAAAAGGAAGUGAAAGUGACAGCAGAUGAGCUGAUACAAGAGAGAUCAAGUCAGCCACCAUCAAGGUCAAAGGCACGUCCAAUCCCACAGCCUCGUAGUGGCAUGGUAGCUAAAAGAGAGAUUACGCUGCAACAAGUGCUCAUUGCGGAUGAUGCAGUGUUGGCAAUAGAGGAAGAUGAGAAAUUAUGCAUUUCAGAUGCAUAUGACCCUAGUCGUGUGGAGAGAGUUUAAACUUGGACACUGUCAGAGCAAUUCUGUGACCUUACUGGAAUACCGCUGUCAUCAAAAACUCAUCUGAAACAGAGCUGGAAACCUCCAGGCCUCUUACUUGAUACAAUAGUCAAAGAAAUUCAUAAGCAGGCAGAUGAACUUCGAGACACAUAUUCAAAAUAAUUUUCAGAACUUCUACGGCCUGUUGAUGACUAGCAAAUUAUCAUAGAAAGUCUAUCAAUGAGGUUUGAAUGUAUAAUGUAUAUCAAGCAAAGCUCAGACGUUGCAAGCCACAAUUCAUUCUGUGUAUCUAAUCAUUUUCUCAAGAAAACGUAGGUUUCUCUGCACCAGCAAAUGCUGGAGUUCUGUUGGACUGUCACAGAACACAGUGUCAUUCAUGUGCCAUUAAGCAACAUCAAGAAGAAAGACACAACUGCUUGCACUUCUGCAGUAUUACCAAUGAGAGAAAGAUGGGAGGCCUUGAUGUAUCAAAGCAAUGUAUCGGACCGGCGAGGUAGCAGCUGAAUCAGUUACAUUACACUGUGCUUUAAAUCACAAAGUAUUUUUGUAAGAAAUGUUAAAAGAAAGCGUAAAAUGUGUUUUAUAGGUGGGAGAAACUGUGUAUGUUACUGUGGUAAAGCUGCAAUAUUAAAUAUAUUUCUUUUUUUCUCGAAUUACGCCACAGACUAAGAAAACAGCUGAACAUAGUCCAAGAUUUAAGAAUUUAUUUUAUAUGAAAUCUUGGUCUCUAGCUUAAAUCUUAACGGCAAGAGACAGUAUUCAUAGUUAUUGCUUUAAAUCGAGUCUGUGCACUCAUGAAGUUUUCAUAUCCCAUAUUCACUUUGUGCUAUCCGAAGUAGCAAUCUGAUGAUGUGUAAUCUCACCAAAAAAUGCAAUAAAAAAAGAAAAUGUAUUUAUUUUUAUCAAACUAUCAAUAACCUGUACAGAUGAAAAUAUAUCCGAAAAAGUAUUUCAUAUUUCACUUUGUGAAUUUGUUUGCUUGCUUACAAUCAUGGAUAUAUAUCUGAAUAUGUUUCUAAUGCAUAUUAUACUCUUGCAAUGAAGGUUUAUUUUUUGUGCCGUGUGCCGUGCCUUUUGUUAAACAAAUGUCAGAACGUAUUAUGUUAUGUUUUGUGUUUUAAUGCAUUUUGUUACACAUACUGUAUGAAGUAAUCCACAUCCUCCCUGAAAAGUCCAUCUCACUUCUCAAAGUUACUAAGAUACCGGAGGUAGUGGGUUUUAAUCUAUUUUUCCCUGUUAUUGCAUAAGUUCCAAUUUUUAUAACUUUAUAAGACUGAAGUGAAAAGUAUUUCCGUGACGUUGUUUAUACUAUAACUGCAGCCAACAUCAGGUGAAAAAUAAAGUAAAAAUUGAGUAUUGAGCACAUCCAAAGACAAACAAUAAUGAUCUCAGCCAACUCCAAAAACUCAUUGCUUCCAUUAUCAUGGGCAACCAGUACAAAUAUUGUAAUGUUACGGUAGGCACUACUGUUAAGUAGCUAUUUUGUAAUAAUAAGAAAUAAGCUGCAAAUACAUGUCGAUACAUUCAACAAGGUGUUUAGAAGCAAAACAUAAUAAACAGAACAUUGCAUUCAUUCAUUGCAUUUGUAGUACUGUUGUAUGUAGUCUUGAUUGUUUCUACCAUUUUGUACCAUUUUCUUUUCAAAACGAAUGAUUAUAUUGUUGCAUAUGACAUUUAAUAUCUUUUCUAUUUUCUUAAAGAAACUGUACAUGAUUAUUUUGUAUGGGUUGGAUUGAUUUGCCGUCUCUGCAUGGGUAGAUGAAACUGGGGUCAGGAAAAUGUUUUUGGUACGACAUUAAAACUAUAUUCAUUAUAUUACAUAGUGCACAUUUCUAACCUCCUAUAAAGCUUUCAAAGUAUUUAAAUUCAAAACAAGCUAUUUUUAGAGUAUUUUACAGAAAAGGAUGCUACUUAGUACUGGUGUCUUUGAAGUAUUGAAUGUGAAUGAAAUGUUUGAGAGGAAAUUCCUUUGUAUAAUACAGCAGGUUGCUCAAUAAUAAACUCCUUGCAUGGACUUGUUUUUUUUUUUCAUAUUGUUUAAUAUGUGUAACAUAGAAGAGAGGAUGCAGAACAU